AUGCGGCCUGUGGUGCCACGAAUGUUGGGCGUUCGUGCCCGUACAUUGCGGUAUGUGUUCAGAUGCGGCGGUGCGCUGUUGUGUGUGCGUCGUGGUUGCUGCCAAAAUCCGGGGGGUGGGGGGCCAACCUCGUCUGUCGUGCCACCCUCCACCGUGGAGCUGCAGGAUGCUCUAGACAUGGAUGGGGAGAUUACUCUCAAUGUGUAUCGUCCUUACGGCGAACAAGACACACCUCACCGGGACGCCACGAGAAGGUUCCUAUACACAAUUAUUACAACAACUGACGAACAAGAGUGGAAGGACAUGCUGGCCGCGGCUAUUCGCCUCAACACAUGGCGUGAACACCACCUACGAGCAGUGUUGCGCAGCGUGCAUCAGACACAGUAUGAUAUUGGUGGGGCACAGGGGGGUCGUGAGGCUGCACAAGCUGGUGGAUGCACACCAGCCACACGUUUUCAACGUGCAUUGGGUGUUAUGCAAACCGCUGUGGAUGAGGGCUACGCGCCUGCCCCAGAGUCCGUGCACGCGCUUCUUGUUGUUAUUUUGCGCGCCGCUUUGCCAGGAGCUGAGAGUAGCGUAGCGGAGACGACGUUCAAGGAGCCGCAGCAGCACCUCCUUUUGGUCCCUCGUGCAGCUGUCUGGCAGUUCCUUGCCUGGAUGGAGCGACAUAACUAUCACGUGAUGUCAACUGCAGUGUUGGAGGACCUGGAGCGUGUGAUUGAGGAUGAUACUCAGGAAGGCAUGAACGGGGGGCGGACCGGCGGGGUGCGACAAAACCGUUUGGAGUACCUGCAACGUGAACGUGAUGGACUACUUGGCGGCCAUAAAUCUUCGUCAAAGCGGGGCGGCAACAGACGCGAAGUACGUCCUGUGACGGUACCGGAUGAUGGUUGCAAGUAA